AGAAAUGUCAAAAUAACACACUUCGAUUACGUGAUAUUUGUGCAUAGUUGCAACAAACAAUUUUCAACUAUUUUGCCAUUAACCGGCAACAAAUUUGAGAAUUUCAACGAGAUAGUGUAAGAAAAGAAAUUCAGGAUGCCAGCAGUACCGGGUGGUGUAUACAAUCAGAACCAGCAGCCAAGCUGCUUUGACCGCAUGAAGAUGGGCUUCACGAUCGGGUUCUGCGUAGGGAUGGCUAGCGGAGCCCUAUUUGGUGGUUUCUCAGCAUUGAGAUAUGGGUUGCGCGGCCGAGAACUAAUCAACAAUGUUGGUAAAGUGAUGGUUCAGGGAGGUGGUACUUUUGGUACAUUUAUGGCAAUCGGAACGGGAAUUCGAUGCUAAACGGGGCAGAAUGGCCAACCGCAGUUGUGUGCGCGGAACAUGAUUUGAAUGGUAAAAUUAAAAGUCCUACGUUUAAGAUGUUACGAAUAAAUUAGCUGUACCAUAAAUGAA